UGUGGUGGAGAGAGGAAACUAGAUAAUCACUUCGGCACUGACAAUGCCAGGGCUUGAAUUCAGCGCCUUAUGUUUAAGUGUCUAGUGUUUUAUCUACUGCACCACUUCUCAGGAUCUUGCUCAUAUUUGUUUACUUAUUACUUAUUUAUUUUAUUGUUUUGUUUUUUUUUUGCCUCCAGGGUUAUCUCUAGGGCUUGAUGCCAGCACUGUGAAUCAACUGCUCCUGGCAGCCUUUUUUUUUUUUUUUCUGAUAAGACAGAGAAAUUGAGAGGGUAGGAGAAGAUAGAUAGGUAGAGACAUCUGCAGACCUGUUUCAAUGCUUGUGAAGCAUCCCUGCUGCAGGUGGAGAAUGGGGGCUCGAACCUCAGUCACUGACUAUAGUACUAUGUGCUCUUAACAGGCUGUACCACUGCCCGGUGCCUUACUUAUUUCUUUCUUUGCUUUUUAAUUUUUAUUUAUUUAUUUAUUUAUUUAUUUAUUUUUGAUAGAGGAUAAGAGGGAGAUAUAGAGAAGGAAACAAUGUCAGAUAACUACAGCACUGCUUCACUGCUUAUGAAGCUUUUCCCAUUGCAGGUGGGGACCAGGGACUUGAACCCAAGUCCUCCUCAUACAUGGCAGAGUUUACAAGGGAGAAACACAAAAGUUGCUGUGGUUCUUAUUCAGAAGAAAACCCCUCUGCCCCCAGGAGAAGAUGUCGUUGCUUCAGAAAGAGCUGCAGCUUUAUGUAAUGCAUGUGAACUCUCAGGAAAGUCUUUAUUUGUCCUGCCCCACACUGAUCACCUUGUGGGAUAUAUUAUAAGAUUGGAAAAUGCCUUUUAUGAACAUGCACAGACUUACUACUAUACCGAGAUCAGAAGGGUGAAAUCUCAUAAAGAAUUUUUGAAUAAAACAACGCACCAGCUUUUAUUUGUUAGACAUCAGUUCAAAAUAGCUUUCUUUAGUGAGCUGAAACAAGAUACACAAAAUGCUCUGAAGAAUUAUAGGACUGCCUAUAAUCUUGUACAUGAAUUGAGAGCCCAUGAAACUAAUAUUCUGGAAAUCAAGACUAUGGCAGGAUUUAUAAAUUACAAGAUCUGUAGGCUGUGUUUUCAGCACAACACCCCAUUGGAUGCAAUUGCUCAGUUCCGAAAACACAUCGACUUGUGUAAGAAAAAAAUUGGAAGUGCAGAGUUGUCUUUUGAGCAUGCUGCAUGGAUGUCUAAACAAUUCCAGGUCUUUGGUGAUUUAUUUGAUGAAGCUAUUAAGUUAGGGUUGACAGCUAUUCAAACUCAGAACCCUGGUUUCUAUUACCAGCAGGCAGCAUACUAUGCCCAGGAACGGAAACAGCUCGCCAAAACCUUAUGUAACCAUGAAGUUUCUGUAAUGUAUCCCAAUCCUGACCCUUUAGAAACACAAACUGGUGUUCUUGACUUUUAUGGACAGAGACCAUGGCGACAGGGAAUACUAAGCUUUGAUCUUUCUGAUCCUGAAAAAGAAAAGGUGGGGAUUCUUGCCAUUCAGCUGAAGGAGAAAAAUGUUGUUCACUCAGAAAUAAUAAUAACUCUUCUGAGCAAUGCUGUUGCACAAUUUAAGAAGUACAAGUGUCCAAGAAUGAAGAGUCAUCUAAUGGUUCAGAUGGGAGAGGAAUAUUAUUAUGCAAAGGAUUAUACCAAAGCUUUGAAGUUGCUAGAUUAUGUCAUGUGUGACUAUCGGACUGAAGGGUGGUGGAUGCUACUCACAUCUAUACUGACCACAGCUCUGAAGUGUUCCUAUCUCAUGGCCCAAUUAAAAGAUUAUAUUACUUAUUCCUUAGAACUCCUUGGAAGAGCUUCCACUCUGAAAGAUGACCAGAAAUCUCGCAUAGAAAAGAACCUCAUAAACGUUUUAAUGAAUGAAAGUCCUGAUCCUGAACCUGACUGUGAUAUCUUAGCUGUGAAAACUGCUCAGAAGCUGUGGGUGGACCGGGUCUCUCUUGCUGGCAGCAAUAUUUUCACGAUAGGAGUACAGGACUUUGUGCCUUUUGUACAAUGCAAAGCCAAGUUUCAUGCCCCAAGUUUUCAUGUAGAUGUUCCUGUGCAGUUUGAUAUUUAUCUGAAGGCUGACUGUCCACAUCCCAUUAGGUUUUCUAAGCUUUGUGUCAACUUUAAUAAUCAGGUAAUGGAACCUUUUAAUAUCUCAUGACUGUAUAGUUAGUUU